AUGGGCACAGAGAUUUCUCAGCCGGAUGUCGAGGAACCGACGGAACCUCCUAUAUGUUCUUCUAUCCAUGAAGAAUCCAAUAACCACCAAUCCAGCUCUACCAUAGACCCCCAGGCCAGGGUAGAGCAUAAUCCUACAAAUUACCAGGACUGGCACGCCUACUAUCAGCAUGCCCAUACUAUCUCCAUUGCAGAUACUACCCGGAUUUUACGAGUUGAUCUACAACAUGGGCUUAGUAGUACCGAAGCGUCAUCUCGCCUUGAGCGGGAUGGGCCUAACAAGAUUAAGAGUGCGGAGGGGGUAUCCAUGUGGAAAAUCUUGCUAAGACAAGUGUCAAACAGUUUGACUCUAGUACUUUUGAUAACGAUGGCCUUGUCCUUUGGAAUCAACGAUUAUAUCGAGGGUGGCGUAAUUACGGCCGUGAUUCUCCUCAACAUUGUCGUUGGUUUCGUUCAAGACUAUCGUGCAGAAAAGACAAUUUUAUCUCUUCAGGCCUUGUCUGCCCCGACUUGCAAGACUAUCCGCGAUGGGAGAAUCGACUCUAUCAAAGCAGAAACCCUGGUGAUAGGUGAUAUUGUACAACUAACUGUGGGAGACAUGGUCCCUGCAGAUCUAAGACUGUUUGAUGGUGUCAAUGCUUCCACUGACGAGGCACUCCUAACUGGAGAAUCGAUGCCUAUAUCUAAACACCCCGAUGCCCUAUUUACCGUUAAAGAUAUGGCUGUUGGAGAUCGGACAAACAUAGCUUACUCCGGCAGUAUUAUGACAAGGGGCCGAGCAACUGGAAUUGUCAUUUCUACUGGCAUGGACACGGAAGUCGGAAAGAUCGCCCAACUGCUCCGUGAUAAUACUCUUCAGGCGGAAAACGCUUCGAUCUAUACCCGAAUGUGGAAACGGUUUAAUAAGAGCUUUGAUCAGAUCCUAGGCCUGGUUGGCACGCCUCUACAGGUGAAGCUCAGUAAAUUUGCCCUUCUACUUUUUGCUCUUGCUAUAAUGCUUGCUAUCAUAGUUUUCUCAGCAAAUAGGUGGCACGUUCAAGGAGAGGUUCUUAUUUACGGCAUAUGUGUUGCCGUUGCUGUUAUCCCCGAAUCCCUAAUUGCGGUACUGACCAUCACUGUCGCCGUUGGCACCAAAUCCAUGGCAAAAGGUAAUGUGAUUGUUCGAAAGUUACAGGCUCUUGAAGCCGUGGGAGGUGUGACCAAUAUCUGCUCUGAUAAAACUGGCACUCUCACCCAGGGCAAGAUGAUUGCCCGGAAGGCAUGGAUACCAGGAACUGGAACUAUCACCAUUCAUGACACCAACAGUCCGUUUGACCCCAACAGUGGUCUUGUUCAGGUCAGCGGAAACGAAAUACAGCCGACCUCCUUUGAGCAAACACCAGCAAUGUCAAAAUUCCUUCACACUAUCGCUCUCUGCAACCUGUCGUCAGUAUAUAACCCCGAUCACAAGCUAUCCAGUGAAGGUUCUACUCCUGGCUCAAAGGACGGAGACUGGGUUGCGGUCGGAGAACCUACCGAAAUUGCUCUCCAUGUCCUCGCCAUCAGAUUUAAUUCUGCAAAACGGGCUGUACUCGAAAAUAAUGGAUUAGAAUUCGUUUCCGAAUUCCCGUUCGACUCUGCUAUUAAGCGAAUGACCGUGGUUUACAAAAAGGCUGGCUCUAAACACGCGGAGGCCUACUCCAAAGGUGCUACAGAGUCUAUGCUCCCGCUUCUGGCAAUUGACGAUGAUAUGAAGCGAGAAAUUCGGGCGAAAGUGGACAGAAUGGCAGGUGAAGGUCUUCGCGUCCUAUGCAUUGCACACAAGUCUCUCUCUCCUGAACUUUUGGACAACCUUCCAGAACGGAAAGAACUGGAAACGGGCCUCAAUUUUUUGGGUCUUGUUGGCCUAUAUGACCCGCCUCGCAUGGAAACUGCUGGAGCUGUCCGUAAAUGUCAUAUGGCAGGCAUCACCGUCCACAUGCUGACAGGAGAUCACAUCAAAACCGCAACAGCCAUUGCCUAUGAGAUUGGAAUUCUUGGGAAUUUAACCCCAAAUGUGCAAGCAUGCAAGGUCGUUAUGGCAGCGGAUGAGUUCGAUAAGAUGACAAAUGACGAAAUCGAUGCCAUCGAAGCUCUCCCCCUUGUUAUUGCUAGGUGUAGCCCGUCAACAAAGGUCCGUAUGGUAGAAGCUAUGCAUCGACGCGGCGCUUAUUGUGUUAUGACCGGUGACGGAGUGAACGACUCUCCUGCUUUGAAGCAUGCUGAUGUUGGAAUCGCUAUGGGCAAGAAUGGAAGUGAUGUAGCCAAAGCUGCUGCAGACAUGGUUCUAACUGACGACGAUUUCGCAUCCGUUGUUAAGGCGGUAGAGGAAGGGCGACGUCUAUUUGAUAAUAUUCAAAAGUUCUUAAUGCACUUGUUGAUAUCCAACAUUGCCCAGGUCAUUCUUCUAUUGAUUGCCUUAGCCUUCAAGGAUAAUGAAGGAAGCUCUGUCUUUCCACUCUCACCCCUGGAAAUUCUAUGGGCAAACCUAGUCACAUCUUCUUUUCUAGCCCUUGGUCUCGGCCUAGAAGAGGGCCAAGCAGACAUCAUGUAUCGCCCACCACAUAAUUUGCGCGUUGGAGUCUUCACGAAGGAACUCAUUGUCGACAAAAUGAUAUAUGGCACCUUUAUGGGAAGUCUAUGUCUUGUUUCCUUCGUCUCAGUCGUCUACGGUGUAGGAGGUGGCUCCCUGGGCCAAGACUGUAACGAAGACUGGAACUCAACUUGUGAUACUGUCUUCCGAGCCCGUGCCACCACCUUUGCAACAUUGUCUUUCCUUCUUCUCGUUACUGCAUGGGAGGUCAAACACUUCUCACGCUCCCUCUUCAAUCUCGAUCCGGCCCGAUAUCCAGGGACAUUCUCUAUCUUCCCAACACUCUGGCGAAACAAAUUUCUUUUCUGGGCCGUUGCAGCUGGGUUUAUAACUUCCUUCCCUGUUAUCUACAUACCCAUCGUGAACAAACUCGUGUUCAAGCACAUUGCCAUCUCGUGGGAAUGGGGAAUUGUCACCGGCUGUGUGUUCAUUUAUAUCGCAUUAAUUGAAAGCUGGAAGGCAGUUAAGCGAGCCUUGAAGAUUGGAAGCGCUGCUGCGUCAUCAAUUACUAUGAAAGAUGCGGAGAUGAGAGCUGGUCUGUUUUUGUCGGAUAGCCUUCUAACUGACAGUGUCAUCACUUCCCGAGAAGACACAUUGGAGAAGAAAGAAUGA